GUUCAUGGCCCACGUGGAGCGAACCCUGAAGAUGGACUGCAGCCUGCCCCAGCUGAAGCAGGCCUGUGCCAAGAUGGUCUCAAAGACCAGGCUGCUAGUAAAUGUGCUCCGUGAGAGGCAAGAGAACCAGGAAGCCUCUGAUGCCAUGGACCAGUGUCCUCAGCAGGAGAACAUGAUCAUCCACAUGGCUUUGGGGAAAGGCAAGAAACUGCCAAGGAAGAAUCUGGAGGUUGUGGUGUACGUCAUCAUCUCUGUGGCUUUGCUGUUUUUCUUCAUCUUCGUUUAUGUGAUACUGAAGUGUGUCUUCCAGGUUCUGUGUAAAUCUGCCACAGCGAGAGAGGAAGGAUAACCAGGAGGCACAGGAUGUGGAGCAGAACUGGGCAGGGAGCUCCUCCGAGAGUUGCCCCUGUGCUGACAGUGUCCAUGGUGCUUCCCAGUUGAAGAAGUCUGAGUUGUCGUGGAUUAAACGCAUCAGGCGUGUGUAUGAAUCCGAGAGAUAAGCAUCCCAGGAAGAGACAUGCAGAGAAGAACUCAGGAGGAAGACUCUCAAGAAGAAGUUAAUGGGAUGCCAAGAAUUCUUCACCUCCCCAUUUAGUAUAGGAACUGCUUAGGCUCUGCUUGCAUGCUGUUUCAUUGCUGUUGUUAUUCCCAGGAUGCUUUUUGCUUGGCUGUAGUUUUCUUUCUGUCCCUGCUGAGGGAAUGCCAAAGGUUGCUGCAGGCAACCACGAGCUCGGGACACCCA